UUGAUGCCGGCCUGCGCAAAGGUCAGCCACACGGAGGCCGUCAGAUCCCUCCCAGGGGCCACGGCUGCUGAGUGUGCUUCAAACCUGAAGAAAAUCUACACGGUGCAAACAGUGCAGAUAUUCUGGAGUGUGUUCAAUAAUAUCCCUCCUGUGACUAGCCUACCUUUGAGAUGUAGCUAUCAUUUAAUGAGAGGAGAGAGGCGGCCGCUUUGGGAAGAGGAGAGUAAUGCGCAGGGAGGCGUGUGGAAAAUGAAAGUGCCCAAGGACAGCACGCCCACAGUUUGGAAAGAGUUGUUGUUAGCCACUAUCGGGGAACAGUUCACAGGCUGUGCGGCCGCAGAUGACGAAGUGGUCGGAGUGAGCGUCAGCAUCCGAGACCGGGAGGAUGUCUUCCAAGUCUGGAAUGUAAAUGCCUCCUUAGUGGGCGAAGCCACGGUGUUAGAAAAGAUCUAUGAACUUCUGCCCCACAUAUCUUUUAAAGCAGUAUUUUAUAAACCCCAUGAAGAGCAUCAUGCUUUUGAAGGUGGACGUGGAAAACACUAAUUGCACUCUAAAGAAUUCUUUACCCUUUGCUGGUUGGUUUUGGAAACGGUCUUAACAGGAGGGAGAGUGAAGAGGAGACCUGCCGGAGCUCUCGCUGUUGGUCACUUUAGGGCAGCGGUCUGUCCUUGCAGAUCGGGCAACUAGCACUCCAAAUGGCAGGUGGGGGGAGCGGUGGGGGAUUGGGGGUGGGCUUCUACAGUCACAUGACUUGCUUUUUCUUUCUUUCUUUCUCUCUCCCCACCCUCCCCCCAUCUCUCUCUCUCUGGCUUUCUAAAUUCUCUGUUCUUUCCCCUCUGAUUUUUUACCCUCCCUUUUAAUCCCUUGUUCAGUCUCAUUAUUGUUUUCUCGACUUCUCUGUCACUGAGGCACAAGGAAUCAGCUUCCUUUUAAUGGCCCUGCCUAUCUAGUCCAUGAGAAAUGUGCACCGUGUCGACGGCACAGUUUUUGAAGGCACACUGUGUGGCGAGGAAUCCUGUCACCUGAUUAUUUGUUGUGACACAUUCCUAUACGUUCAGUGCUGGGCACUGUUGGUUCUGUCCCAGGGAAAAGAAAAAACAUACUUAAUCUGAUUUUGCACAGACAACACACAUAUUUUUCCAUUUCCCUUUGUAAAACUCCUUAAAAACAAAUAAGAGAAAAAUAAUAGUUGGGUUGCCUAACAUGAUAACCACAAUCACAGCUCACUAUCAGGAUGUAAAUCAAACUGUAGUUCCUUGGCUCACUGGUAGAAAUAUUUUUAACUAGAAUUUCAAUUUGGCCUCUUCCAAGGAAGGCGUAGGGUGCAAGCAAGGGGUCUCUCCCCCUAGGCAAUCUGGUCCUUCUGAUUUCCAGAGGAGGUGAUGUGCUGAUUGUCUGAACUAAGCUUCUUCUGAACUUCGGGUGAGGGUACCCGCAUAGGGCUUUACCGAUCCACGCUAACACAUUCUGUUAAAUGGCCCCCUCUUCUGCUCACCUGGCGUGUAGCUCCUCCAUAACCAGUCAUCUGCCAAGUGGGCAGCUUCCCGUCUCCCAUUUUCCUCCUCUAGUAGCAGGAAGUGAAAUCUCACUUGCGCCUUCACAAAGCUGCACCGUGCUUGCCUUCUGUGCGUGGGAGUGAGUGGACCCGGUGAGGUGCACUGCUUGGUGUACCAAAGACCGGGUUUCCUGAAAGAGUCCGGCCACCUCGGGAGCACUGAGACAUGCUCAGACAGCACCCAUUCCUCCGGGCGCUGCCCAGCUGCCGCUGCUCUGGCCCUGGAAGACGGUGCCUCCUGUGGGCUUGCUUCUGGAGUCUUGAGAGCUAGUGUGUGCUUACCUUUCCCAAAAUGCCCUGUGCCCUAGUCAUCUUUGUACCUGGAAAUUUUCUUUCCUGGUGUAGCAUUGACCAGCACAGAGAGGCAAGCUUACUGCAAGCCUCCAGCCAAUGUUGGUGAAUAAAAUUCUCUAUCCACCCAAUUUAGAGGACUUUCCACAGUAUCUGUUUAUAAAAGUAUGCACUUCACAUCCUUAUCAACCACAUCAAGCAUAAUAACCAUAACCGCACUUAACACAUGACAUGAUAACACAUGACAAGAACAUAGGUUCUUUCUAAAGUUGAAUUUCUGCAGUGACUUCAAAAUGAACACUUCAUCUACUGUGAUCCACUUCUCAGUAGCUGAGACUUGAUUCUCUCAACUUUGUGUUAACCUCCAACGUGGUUUUAAAUUAUUCAGCACAGAUUUAUAACAAUGCCUCUGGACACGAAUUAAAAUUCCCUUUUUACAAUAUAAGUAUUUUUCUGGUUGAUUAGGGGUGAAAAGUUCUAAUUGUCUUUAUCUUCACUAGAUUUGUCAUAUAUAUUAUCCACAAAUAAAUGGAUUUUGAAGUAUUAUUUUUGAACUUUACUUAAAACGUUUGUGAUGACAUGUUCAACCUUUGCCUGUGUGCAGCCAUUGAAGUAAAAGAAAUAAAAUAAAUAGGAAUGUGAGGCUCACAUUAA